AUGGAGACAGGCUGCACAGAGGAGCCUGCCCAGGCGAGGUCGCAGUCGGUGGUCUGCAGGCAACGAGAGGGAAGCGACCAGUGGCGUGAGGAGAAUGGGGACCUGCUGUCUGAGCAGGGCAAUGCCUCCGUCGCGGCUGCAGAGCCACAGCAGCCUCAGCCACCCCCUGGCAAGCUGAAGAAAACGGCUUUCAAACUGUUUGGAGGGAAGAGGAGCAUCUGUACACUGCCCAGUUUCUUUGGAGGAAGAAGCAAAGGCCAAGGGAAAGCAGCCUCUAAAAAGGGCCUCAGCAAAUGUAAGACCCACGAUGGGCUCAGUGGUGCUGCCUGUGACAAGGGCAGUGUGGUGCAGCUGGAAAGCCCUUUGGAGGGGAGCAGGGACUCCCAUCCUUGCCCUUUGCCGAGCUCCCAAAGCGCUCACUUGGCCAUAGACACCAGCGCCAAGUUUGAUUUUGGCCAGCAGGACAGCUCUCCACCCGGGAGUAUCGAGGGCUGUGAGAAAAAGCCCAACGGAGAUAAGUCCUCCUUUCCUAGACCCAAAAAAGGCCUGAAAGGGUUUUUUAACAGUAUCCGGCGUCACCGGAAGAGCAAGGUUGCUGAGUGUGAGAAAGCAGAGCUCCCCGAGUGGACUGGGGAUUCAGAGGAGGCCGGCAAAGCUUCUGGUGCAGGAGUGGAGAGCCAAGGGGCCGCAGAGGGAAGGGGACUGGGACCUGUCCCUCUUGCCAGAGCCUGCCCGGGGAGCUCGGAGGAGGACUGCUCGGUGGGCACAGCUGCCAACUGUGGCGAGGCUGCCGAGCCUGGCUGUCUGACGGUUGAUGAAGGCAGCUCUGAGGGUGACACGGUGGCAAUGCUGGGGAAGAGGGAUAUUUUGGAUACGAAAUCAGAGGCUGAAGCUGUUGUCUGCACAGAGUUUGACCAUGGCAAUCUCCUGCAGGCCUUUCAUCCAGACUUCACGGAUGAUGACUCUCCCUGCCUACACUCCGGGGACCUGCUAAGCCUCAUCUUAGGAGAUGUCACCUCCCUGAAGAGCUUCGAUUCCCUGACAGGAUGUGGAGAUGACAUUGCUGAGCCUGACAUUGCUGAGAACACCAUCUCUGUGGAGCGCAGCAGAGAUGCUGCUAAACGGAGCUCUUGCCUGGUCACCUACCAGGGUGGUGGGGAGGAGAUGGCCAUGCCUGAGGAGACAGAGGAGUACCUCCACCAGAUAUGGAACAGCAGCACAGCCGAUGACAGGAGCUACGGAGCCCAGGUCUCGAGUAGCAGUUUGGAGACACAUGCCUCGCACGAGGCAGAAUCCCACCCCUACAUGGGGGAUGUGAUGGAUGGUGUUGACCUCCUGACACCACAGAGUGACCAGCAAGAGUCCGCCCCAAAUAGUGACGAGGGUUAUUACGACUCCACCACGCCGGGGCCAGAGGAUGAAGCCGGAGAUGGGCUCAGUGAGAUCAAGAAGGACCGUCUUCCCAGAGACAGUUACAGUGGUGAUGCACUCUAUGAGUUUGACACGCUGAUGAGUCCUUCUCAUGGGGAGGAAUCCCUAUUUGAGAGCAAAGUCUCACACCCGAUGAUCUUCAGCUACUUCUUGGACUUCUGCCUCCCUGCUGAGAAGAGCCUGAUCCAGAUGAUGGAUCAGAAAAGAGGGCUGAUGGAAACGGAAGAAGAGCGGCUCGCAGCCAUUCAGAAAGAGCUGCUGUACUGGGAGCUGCAGAGGGAACCAGUCUUGAAACGACUUGAUGUUCCCAGCAAGGAGAAAUGUCCCCGGGAAAAGCAGUGCGUUGAAUGUAAAACUAGAGCAGUCAGCUCAAUGGGCAAGAAUCAGAGUGGCCUUGGUAGCGAGCAUGUGGCCUCGCACGCCCCAAACAGGGGUGUGAAUAAUGGGGUUUCGGUGGCUAGAGCUGAAAAUCCAGAGUGGAGGGAUUUUCCAGCAACUCUGUGUCCAGAAAACUAUUACAACAGCCAAAAAGCCCAAGGAGGAUGCCUUCUUCAGCUCACAAAGAACAACUCGGGGUUCAAUUCGGACCCAGACUGUGGGUUGUUUGGGGGCUCCAUCCGUGGCGGUGUAGCCCCAGCCAAAGCAGGGAUGUUCCCCGGCUACAGACUCCCAGAGCAUGAGUGUGGCAGUGGAGGGGAGACCACCACCAGCAAGCCCCAGCUGGGCAGCGAAGGUGAGUCCGAGCACGCUGUGAGCUUCUCACAAGCGCUGGUGGAGUUCACCAGCAGCGGGACCCUCUUCUCCAGCCUCUCUGAAAGUCUGGGGAGCUCCGCCUCCAGCUCUUCCUUCACCCAGAACCUCCCUGCCCUCCCCACCAUGGUCACCUUUGAUGUCGUUGAUGUAGAGCGAGAAGGAGAAGGAGAGUGCGAGCAGCAUCCCGAGAUGAACGCUGGUGAGGACAUUGCCGAGGCCUUUGAUGACGGCUAUGGACGGAAAGAGUCGUUGGCUGAAUGUGACGAGAGAAUGUCCCCGGGGUACCUCCUGGGCUCCUUCCAGAGCGGCAACUGGGUUGUUGCCAGCCUGCCCCGCCACCUGCGCCUCCACGGACUGAGCCCCUCCAUGCCAGCACCGCUCUCCAUCGACCGGAGGAGCCGGUCGCUUGACACGGAGAGCCUGGAGUUUGAGCUUGCUGACUUGCAGGUUGCCAAGAGCAGCCCUCAGCCGUGCCAGCUCUGGUCAAAGCAGGAGGGUGGCAAAAAGGACUCGGGCGGAGUGAGGAGGAGCAGGAGCAAGGAGGAGGGUGAGCUUGUGGCUCCUGACAGUGGGUUGAGCUGGCCAGGCUUGCAGCACCUCCAACAUGACACCGACACGGCUGCUGAGGGGAUGAAGCCCUGGGAUUUUGCUCCGGCCGCCGUGAUGGAGAGUGCCUGGGAGCCAUCGGAGCCGACGGGCACCAUGUCCCCUUUCCCGUGUCUUUCCCAGAGUGUCACUGGAGAGACUCCGGACAGGCGGCCCCAAGAGCCGGAGCUGCACAGGCACCUGCUCAGACCCUCCAAUUUACCUCUGCAGACUAACACGAGGUGGUCCCGGGAGGUGGCUGGUUCUUACAGGUACCAUGGAGAAGUCACCGCCAAAAAGCUGUCCCGCUUGUUACCCUUGGGAGAAACUGAGCCCGAGCUGCCCCCAAGCUUUAGUUUUACUUGCUCCCCGGAGAAACGUGCCAAGUGCAAACCCGUCGGCAUCGCCCAGGGUGUGCCACAGCACCCCAACGGCAGCACCGACACUGCACAGAGCCCAGAGUGCUGCGGGGAGCCCCUGAAAGGCAGAGCCACCCCCGGCCACGUGCUGCCUGCCGGCUGCCAGAGCGCAGCGCUGAACAUCACUGAAGGCAAAUAG